AAAUUAAUCCCACCAAGUCCAAUGAGAAUGAGCUGUAAUGGCUGCAGGGUACUUCGGAAGGGCUGCACCCAAGACUGCAUCAUUAGACCCUGCCUCGAAUGGAUCAAGUCCCCUGAUUCUCAAGCCAACGCCACUCUCUUCCUCGCCAAGUUCUAUGGCCGUGCCGGCCUCCUCAAUCUUAUCGAAUCCGGCCCCGAAAACCUACGCCCCGCUAUUUUCAGGUCACUUUUAUACGAGGCCUGUGGGCGUGUGGUGAACCCGAUUUAUGGGUCGGUCGGCAUGCUCUGGUCCGGGAACUGGGUCGAGUGCCAAGCCGCUGUUGAUGCCGUGCUCAAAGGCUCGCAGAUAACCACCCAAUCGUCUUCUCCUGAACCGCUUUCGCAGCAGCAGCAACCGAUUUGUCCUCUCAAAACGUAUGACAUUCGCCAUGUCUUCAAGCAUCCCAACGCGGCCGAGAUCGACAAGGUCGUCAAGUCCCGCGCUCGGUUCAAGCGGUCCGCCAACAAAUCCAAGCGCCGGGCUGACUCGUCCAGUGAUAACAAGGAAGAGGAGAGCCUGUUCUCGGUAGAGACCGUGGAGGGUUCGCUGGUGAACCGGACCAAAAACGGCCUUCUUCCGACGUUCGCAAACCAAACCGAGGAAAGUACCGAUAUCGGCUUGGACUUGACUCUCGGUUUAGCUCCACCAACAAACUAAUCCCCCUCUGUGAUUCGGUUCAUCAACAGAUAGAAGCAAUUUUGGCGGCUAUAAAAUCAAAGACAUCAACUUUAGUUUUCACCUCAUCAUAAUAAUAAU